AUGGCAACAGCAUCUGGCAGUGAAGAAUAUAAGAAACUGAAACAAAAGGUGAUAGAGCAAAAGAGACGUCAUGGAGAGGUCAGUCCAGAUGAUAUGUAUAAGCUGGCCGCACUCUUGGCGCGAUGGGCAGUAAGAGAACGCCUGCCUAUUUGUCUCUUAUGUAGAAAAUUAAAUAGCAAGCCCGAAGGACUGGGACACGUUAUUCCUCACUCAAUACUAAAGGAAGCUGGGCGACAUGAGUUCUUUGAUCAUGUUCGCGGAGCAGAAGGGGGAGUGUCCAAUUUUGGAUACUAUGCAUUUUGUAAAGUUUGUGAACAAGUAUUUCAACGGGGCGAGGACUAUUUUAAUCCAGAGUUUUUUAAACCAUUUCUUGCAAAUGUUGAUGGCAAGAUUGAAAAAAAUGUAAAAACUGACCGUUUUCCAUGGCUUUACCACUGUUUAAUUUCCAUCAUUUGGCGAUUGUUGUGUUUUAUUCCUUAUGAAAACAGUACAUGUAUACGUAUUCAAGCAUUAGAAUACUUGCGAAAUUACUUGUUAAACUGGGAAAAAGAAACUGGGAAGAUAGAUGCAAGGGUAAAGUUGUUUCUGUUUGCUCCAAAUUGCGAAAUUGAUGAGAUGCUGAAAGGUAAUGAGGUAAACAGGCGCUUCUUUUACGAAUUGUUUACAGGUGCUAUUUUUCAAUCGCCUCCCGACUUGCCGAAAGUUCUUCCAGUGUGGUUUUUCUGUGGCCCUUUGCACGUUUGUAUGCUAUACGGCAGUGUCGAAACUGUUACAGCUGUUUGUAGCUCUAUAAAAGGUUUAGAAGACACUUUGCUUACUACAAAAACUAACAAAUUUACUAUAGAAGAUAAAAAGACUAGGAUUUUUCCUACUCACUAUUACGAACUGGUCGUUGAUUUUGGCACGGCUAAUGUGUCAGCCACUACUCGACUGCCAUCAGCUGGCAAAAAGGCCAACAACACUUCACCAGUUUUGCAGGGUGCCUAUUGUCAUCUUCUUCCAAGGGACGUAUCCUAUGACAGAAAACUUAACAUUUUUUGUUUUAGUGAGGACAGGUUUGAAAAGAAGGGUGACCAUCGUCGCGGGGCUUUUUGUAUAACCGAAGUAAAACGGAAAGGGAACAACGAAAAAAUAGUAUUUGUGGCCAUUCUAGGUGGACUUACAAAUGGAGGCGAAUGUGCCAUGGGGUUAAAUGUAAACAGUGAUGGUACUGUAGAGUACAUGAAAGGUGUAAAAAUCCCUCCAAAUGUAGUAGGUGUUGAUUUAAGCGUUCCUCCAUUUAAAGACGCAGUCGAAAAGUUACUUCAGGAUUUUAAGGUGGUCGGUUAG